GUGUAUUGUUCAUCCAUUCUCGCUUCCCGUCUCCCAAUCUGACUAGAAGUUCAGUAUAAACCCUAACAAACAAUGGCAUGUUUGAAACCCAAAAGAAUACUUCCAAACCAUCAUCAUCCCAUUAUGAGACCCAAGAGAAUAAUUCCCAACCAUUAUCAUCCCAUUAUGAGGGAGCGGCAGUCCCUUGACCAACCCUGGGUAGUGCAAUUGUUGAAAUCCAGUUUCAAGACAUACUUGUGCCAGAAGCAUGGCAUAAGACUCAACCACUUUUGCUUAAGUUGUCCGGGUCUCUUAAUCUGUGAGGACUGUGUCAAAUUCAAUGAGCAUCGGCGUGAUCACGAAGUAAUCCGAGUUUUCCAAUCUUCAAGGCAAGAUGGGGUCAGAAUUAAAGACAUCAAGAAGAUAUUAGACAUAACACUUAUUCAUCCCUACAAAAUUAAUAAGAGUUGGAUUGUUUACAUCUAUCAAAGACGACGCAAUAAAGAUAAGGUAAGAUUAGGAGGUUGUUUUAAAGGCGGCCGUAAGUUCUGUAUAAUAUGUGGAUUUGAACUACUGUCGAAGAGAGAAGAACCAGAUUCCAUGUUCUGUUCAAUUGAAUGCAAGUUCCAAUGUGUUCAUGGAAAGAAGCGUUCACCAUCACCAGAGCAGAUAGAUGAAACCGACCCUAAUGAUGAAAUCAAAGAUGAUGAAAUGGACACGAAUGAAAUCAGAGAUGAUGAAAUUGAUGAGUAUGAAAUCAACCAUAAGAAGAGUUUCAGGAAAAGAACCAGGAAAGAAAAUCACCCUAGUAGAUCUCCCUUCUUUUAAGACAUCUUCUUCUUCUUCCUUUUUUCUUUAGUUCAUUGAAAGUUAACUAUUUGACAUUGUAAGGUUUAAAUCUUUAUUUUUUUUAUCCAAAUUAAAUUAAAGAUUUUAAGUUACU